AUGGCACAGGUGAGGACGCCAGACGUAACGACCAGGUGGUGGGUUAACAGAGACCGCCGCUAUCCCCAAGAUAAAGCCAUCACAGGAUCCACGCUGCAGCUGCAGGCUGUUCGUAAGAUCAGCGCGAGCCAGCAGCAUUUCCACAGACCAGAUAAUGGAACCAACAUCUACAGGAAACCUCCGAUCUACAAACAUGAUGUUAAUAAACAUGUGGAAGGCGUCAUUCAGUCAGCAAAGUUUCCAGCAGCUCAGCCUCCAGAUCCCAACCAGCCGUCCAAGAUCGAGACCGAGUACUGGCCCUGCCCCCCCUCACUGGCUGCCAUGGAGAUCGAGUGGAAGAAGAAGAAGCUGCAGGAGGAAGAUGAGUUUGAAGACCUGACAGAGGAGGCCAAGACACUGCAGGAGCAAGAGCUGGAAAAGAUCAAGUCCAACCUGGGUCGUCUCAUCCUGAAGGAGGAGAAGGAAAAGGCUGUUCACUUUCGGAGGAAGACGCAGUCGCUGCCCGACAGAACUCACAUGCACACCAGUUUAUCAGCAAGUGCAUCAAAGUCUCCAUCACACUCAGGCGCAGGCUUGACCAGAAUGCAGUCUGCAGAGUUUUCCACAGACGGAGAUAAAGGACGGUCAGCUGCUCAGAACGGAGAGGCUCGGAGGGAGAGGAUGGACAGAGGAAACUCUCUGCCGAGUAUCCUGGAGCAGAAG